GUUUUACUAUUACUAUUACUAAUACUACAUUUAAAUUUACUUACAGCACCACAUUGUCUGCUUUACAUUGCAACUACACGAAAAGCUACCAAUAUGGACACCACCGCCGAGCAAAACUCGCUUCCUCAAGAGAUCCUCGAUCUUGUCCAGCACAAGCUGGAGCGGCGCCCCACGCGAGAGGAGCUUGAGGAGCACAAUGUGCUGAAGAAGACCACGGUCGCCCCGGCACUGCAGGCCAAGCAGCUGGAGCUGGAGCGCAGUCUUUUGGAAGACAACUUGGAGAAGAAGCUGGAGCAGAGGCCGGGGCGAGAGGAGCUCGAGGACCACAAUAUUUUGAAGAGGUCCUCGGUGGCUCCGGCGCUGCAGGCCAAGCAAGUUGAGCUGGAGUGGAAUCUGCUCGAGGAUAAUCUGGAGAAGAAGCUGGAAAACAGGCCGACGCGCAAAGAGCUGGCUGAACAGCAUAUUCUCUGAAGAGAGAGGGAGAGAGGGAGGGAUGGAAGGGUGAUAAUAAUGAGCAAUGUUUUUCUCAUGUUUUUCCCACAACUUCAAUAGGGGAGGGCGUUCACUAGUCGUUUCCCUUCCUCAUCGUCAUCGUCCAUCGUCCAUCGUCCAUCGUCAUCGUC